AUGUCGCUUCCCGAGCGACCGGGGGCGGCGAGUCCCGCGUAUGAACAUCGAAGUUCAUAUCGUCAGUCAUCCUCGAGGCGUGCCCGUCCUGCGGAUAUUGAAACCGGAUAUUACCCCGUGCCCGGACGGAGAAUGUCUUCACAUCAGCGUGCGCCAUCAGGAAAUUCAUUUGCUGAGACGAUUCGCAAUCCUAACGGAACCACAGAUAGAUCGCCUCUUUCCCCCACAGCGCCUCCAAAUGAAGUCCCUGCUGGUGUGCCGUCGCGCAAGAGGAGUCUUAUAAGACCUGAAAGAAAUAGGAUCGAUAAGGACCACCCGAAUUAUCAUUACCGACAGCAUGCUGCCAACAUGGAGACGCUUCCGUCUUCCACGGGCAACGAUCCUCUCUACGAAGACGUAGAGGGGAGGACCGAUUUGUCUGGGGACCGAACCAUCGAUGCUGCUACGUCAGACAGCUCACCCCCUAGGAGAAAGCAUAGUGGGGACAGCGAGAAGCCUAAAAGUAAAGGAUCACAAAAGAAAAGGCGACAUUCGAGUGGUCAAAAGAUAUCUAAAUCUGCUAGGGAUGCCAAACGGCGGAAGCCUCAGGAGACGAUCGCCCCCCCGAACGUUUGGAACGUGUACUGUGCCUUCGUCACGUUCUGGUGUCCCGACUUUAUCUUGAACUGCUGCGGUUUUACUUCAAAGGCGCAAAGGAGAGCUUGGAGGGAAAAGAUGGGUCUUAUUAGCAUCAUCUUGUACAUCAUGUCUUUUGUCGGUUUCUUGACCUUUGGUUUCAACCAAACCGUUUGUGCCUCACCCGGUGUCCGUCUGCACGCCAACGAUGUUGGAACCGGUUACAUGAUAUUCCACGGCGUUGCGUACGACCUAACGAAGUCCGGCCACCCCCCAGCUCGAGGUAUCCCACUCCGCACGGAUGGAGCGUACGCCAAUAUUCUAUACGAUCUGCCUACCAAAUAUGGUGGCAUGGAUGGCAGUUUUCUUUUCCAAAACGUCAAUGGAAAAUGUAAAGGUCUUAUUACACUUGCAGACGGUUCAGAUGUUCCCCAUGGUUCUACCGACUCCGAUGAGCUUGCUUGGUAUUUCCCGUGUACGACUUUCAACCAGGACGGCUCAUCUAAGCCGAACUUCACCUGGCCUUAUGAUUCGGUUGGUUACGCGUGUCAUACGACCCAGAAAGCCAGGGACACGUUUUAUCUUCAACUUCAUGGCACUGGCGACGUCUUCUACACAUGGGAUGAUAUCAAGAAUAGUUCGCGGAACUUGAUUGUGUAUUCUGGCAAUGUUCUCGACCUUGACCUACUCAAUUGGUUCAACGAAGACGAAGUUAAGAUUCCGGACCGGUUUAAGGAGUUGAGGGACAAAACUACAGGUGCCAACCAGGCGAUUCGUGGUCGCGAUAUUACUCGGUCGUUCCAGAAACCCGCUGAUAAACAGCUAGCCGAAUGUUUUGAAGAAACCAUAAAAGUCGGGUCCAUAGACACUGAUACGAUUGGGUGUAUCGCAUCACAAGUGGUCCUUUACGUUUCUCUAAUCCUCAUUCUCUCUGUUGUCGUAGCGAGAUUUGGGUUGGCGUUGGUAUUCCAGUGGUUCAUCAGCCGCAAGUACGCUGCCAUUAAAACCUCGCAGACGUCGGACAAGAAGAAACGAAACCGUCAGAUUGAGGACUGGACUGAAGAUAUCUACCGAGCCCCUCCACGAAUGCCUGGCGAUAUUGGGAGCAGUUACAUGGGUUCCGAUAGGACUAGCAAGCGUGCUAGCACCUUCUUACCUACAACGUCUCGCUUUUCUGCGGUCUAUGGUACCGACAGGGCUCCUAGACGGCCGCAACCGACAACCAUGGCGAGUCAAGCGUCAACCGGUCCGCUACUACACCCCAACUCGAUGUACAAGCAAGGUAACGAUAGUAGGUCGAGCAUGCUUCGAUCUGAUCCCUACGGCAAUACAGCUAGCCCGAUAGACGGUUACGGCCCCGCUGGAUUCAUUCAUGAGGCCGUUGUACCUCAACCACCAUCUGACUAUCAACCUUUCGGAUUCCCUUUGAUCCAUUCCAUCUGCCUUGUCACAGCCUACUCCGAGGGAGAAAUGGGUAUCCGGACCACGUUGGAUUCCAUUGCUAUGACAGAUUACCCGAACAGCCACAAAGUGAUCCUCGUUAUUUGCGACGGUCUGAUCAAGGGUAAGGGAGAGAGCAUGACUACUCCCGACUUUGUCCUUGGCAUGAUGAAAGAUCAUACCGUGCCCCCCGAGGAAGUCCAAGGUUUCUCGUAUGUGGCCGUGGCUAGCGGUUCGAAACGACACAACAUGGCCAAGGUAUAUGCUGGUUUCUACGACUAUGGUGCCAAGUCUGCCAUCCCGGUAGAGAAACAGCAAAGGGUUCCGAUGAUGCUGGUGGUCAAGUGUGGCACACCUGAUGAAUCUACCAAGUCUAAGCCUGGCAACCGAGGCAAACGUGACAGUCAAAUCAUCCUGAUGUCGUUCUUGCAGAAAGUUAUGUUCGACGAGCGCAUGACAGAACUGGAAUUCGAGAUGUUCAACGGUCUCUGGAAGGUAACUGGUAUAUCGCCAGAUUACUACGAAGCAGUCCUCAUGGUCGACGCCGAUACGAAAGUGUUCCCCGAUAGUUUAACUCAUAUGCUUUGUGCUAUGGUUCGCGAUCCCGAUAUCAUGGGACUUUGCGGCGAGACAAAAAUCGCAAACAAGAGAGACAGCUGGGUAUCGGCCAUCCAAGUCUUCGAAUAUUUCGUCUCUCAUCACUUAUCCAAGUCUUUCGAGUCCGUUUUUGGAGGUGUUACUUGCUUGCCAGGUUGUUUCUGUAUGUACCGGAUCAAGGCGCCCAAAGGUGCCCAGAACUAUUGGGUUCCUAUUCUAGCGAAUCCGGAUGUUGUCGAACACUAUUCCGAAAAUGUCGUUGAUACUCUGCACAAGAAGAAUCUUCUGCUCCUUGGAGAAGAUCGGUACUUGACUACUCUCAUGCUCCGAACUUUCCCCAAGCGUAAGCAAGUCUUCGUUCCUCAAGCAGUCUGCAAAACCACCGUUCCCGACGAAUUCAGUGUCCUACUUUCCCAGAGGCGAAGAUGGAUUAACUCUACUAUCCACAACUUGAUGGAACUGGUUCUCGUUAAGGAUCUUUGCGGUACAUUCUGCUUCAGUAUGCAAUUCGUUAUUUUCAUCGAGUUGGUCGGUACUUUGGUACUACCUGCCGCUAUCGCGUUCACUUUCUAUGUUGUCAUCUCCUCUAUUAUAGGACCCGUACAGACGAUCCCACUGGUUCUGCUUGCUUUGAUUCUUGGUUUACCAGCCGUCCUCAUCGUCGUCACGGCCCAUUCGUGGACAUACGUCGUAUGGAUGUUGAUUUACCUCGUUUCACUCCCAGUCUGGAACUUUGUUCUCCCCAGUUAUGCCUUCUGGAAAUUCGACGACUUUUCAUGGGGUGAUACUCGAAAGACUGCGGGCGAGAAGACGAAGAAGGCCGGUAUUGAAUAUGAAGGCGAGUUUGACAGUAGCAAGAUUACUAUGAAGCGAUGGGCCGAGUUCGAACGAGAGAGACGGCUAAGAGACAACUACUGGGGGUCUAGAGAGAAUGUCGCAGGGGGUAAUUGGGGCUCUGGUCCGACUUCCACAGCUUACCACCACUCAUACGACGACCAGUACUAUUCUGACGCCUGA